GGAAGAACGUUAAUAUGUCCCGGCAACAAGUAUGGUUAUUGAUGUUCAUAAGUCUUAUUUUCUACACUCCGAAAGUUCUCUGUUUUAUAAUGACUGAUCAGAACACUGAGAUUACAUUUGAACAGUUUGCGAAGUUAGUGACCACGGAAUUAACGACCCUCAAAGCAGAAAACCACCAGCUUCGAACAGAGGUAGAUGCUUUGAAAGCAAAAGCUGCGAAGGAUGUCGUCGUGGCUUUCCACGCUGAGAUUAGCGGGGUGACCAAUAUCCCCACUCACAGCACCGUCCGGUUUAACAAAGUCGACGUCAACAUUGGUAACGGCUACAACAGUGGAUCUGGCAUGUUUCGAGCCCCGGUCGGCGGGGUAUACCUGUUCUUUCUUCAAGUGUACUCGAAACCAGGGCAGAUCGUCUCUCUUUAUCUGAUGAAACAAGGCACGACCGUCAACGAAGCCGUUGCAGGAAUGGAUGGCUAUCAGUCCAAUACUGUGGCAGAGAUGAUUCAUUUAAACAAGGGAGAACAAAUCUGGGCACAACAUUUUGUCGGAGAUACAAGUCUUGAAGGACAUUAUCAUGUACACCUUUCAGGAUUUCUGCUAAAGGCCGAUAAAACUGGUGUGUACAUGCUGUUGUACGCUGUUUACAACAUUAACACGAUAUUUGUUCUACGUUUAAUCAUAGGUAUCAGAAGAUAA